GCCAGGGAUCAGCCACGAUCGGCAAUGCUUGCUUGCACUGCUCAAUUCUGCAUGUAAAUCGUUACUAACUGACUACUAAAAUGGUCAAACAGCAUAUUGAAGCAGUUUAUUUAGUCAUAGGGCUAACAGUUGGUUUAAUAAUUUCGUUCAUAGGAGUAAACUUUGGAAAUGUAGCGCUGCCACAAUCACUUGCUAGAAAUCAUAGACUUUCAGAAGCUGUAGAAGCGACACGAUAUACAUUCCAUAAUGACACGCAUUCUCAAUUAUCAUUUCGGGAUCCGCAAUCUCAUGAAGAGAUCGAUUCUAUCAAAGGACCAGAUAAGCCACUUUCAUUUGAUGAUGGACAUCAUCACCAUGACAACAUCACUUCAGCAGAGACGCUAUAUAAAACAGUACGUGUACUUUGCUGGAUCAUGACUAGUCCACAGAACCUGAAAAAGAAGGCUCAACAUGUCAGGGCCACCUGGGCAAAGCGCUGUAAUAUCGUUAUCUUCAUAAGCUCUGAGACAAAUAAAGAUUUCCCAACCGUGGGGGUUAAUACAACUGAAGGCAGGGAACAUUUAACUGCUAAAACAAUGCAGUCAUUCAAAUACUGCUGGGAUAACUAUAGGGACCAAGCUGAUUGGUUCCUCAAAGCUGACGAUGAUACAUAUGUCAUUGUAGAAAAUUUGAGAUAUUUACUAUCAGCUUACAAACCAACAGAUCCUAUAUUCUUUGGACAUAAGUUUAAAGUAAAUGUGAAACAGGGUUAUUUCAGUGGUGGGGGCGGUUAUGUAUUAUCUCAUGAGGCCUUAAAAAGAUAUGCUGAGAAAGGAGUGAAAGAUCCUGUACAUUGCCAACCCGAUGGAGGGGCAGAGGAUAUAGAGAUGGGAAGGUGCAUGGAGCAUCUGGGGGUCACCGCAGGAGAUUCAAGGGAUGCUUUAGGACGUAGUCGCUUUCAUUGUUUCAGUCUUCGAACUCAUCUUGAUAGUUUAUACCCUCAAUGGUUUUACCAUCACGAUGCAAAUGGGGCUAAGGGCGGUCCAGGGAGCAUCAGCGACUAUGCUAUUUCAUUCCACUAUGUCGACCCAAAAAUGAUGUAUCAUUUAGAAUUCUACACGUAUCACCUUCGUCCAUAUGGCAUCAUCACUGGCACCCAGAACCUCAAUGCAAAACCAAAAGUCUGA